AUGGAGUGUGUAUUCGGAUUAGUAGGAAACGAUUUCGCUAUUGUGGUGGCAGAUUCAUCAGCAGUACACAGCAUCCUCGUCCACAAAUCCAAUGAAGACAAGAUCAUGUUCCUUGAUUCCCAUAAACUCAUUGCUGCUAGUGGCGAACCCGGUGACAGGGUUCAGUUUACUGAGUAUGUUCAAAAGAACGUUGCAUUGUAUCAGUUCCGUAAUGGGAUCCCUCUCACCACUGCCGCCGCCGCUAAUUUCACUCGUGGCGAGCUCGCCACCGCUCUCCGCAAGAACCCUUACUCUGUUAACAUCCUUCUUGCUGGUUAUGACAAAGAUAUAGGCCCAUCCCUAUACUACAUUGACUACAUUGCAACACUUCACAAGCUUGAAAAGGGAGCUUUUGGUUACGGUUCCUAUUUCUCCCUGUCAAUGAUGGACAGACACUUCCAUAGCGGAAUGUCUAUGGAAGAAGCAAUCGAUCUUGUUGAUAAGUGCAUUAUGGAAAUCAGAUUAAGGUUGGUGGUCGCACCUCCAAACUUUGUUAUCAAGAUUGUUGACAAGGAUGGUGCAAGAGAGUACGCAUGGCGUGAAUCAGUCAAGGAUGCGCCUGCACCUUCAGCCGAGUAA